GACGGGGAGCGGGGAAAUUGAGAAACUGAGCCGGGGCGCUGUAACUUUACCCGUGGAGGACAUGAUGCACCGCGGCCCGUAUCGGUAAACAGCCAGCAGUGUGAUCCGUGUAUUAUAGUCGCUUUAUUUUAUACAGGCUGCUGCAGUGUGUACUGAGGGCAUGAGGGCCUGUGUGUUAUGGACAGAUAGAUAGUAGCUGUAGAGACAGGAGCUAGUGUGUGUGUGUGUGGGAUGCGGUGUGUGUGAGCCGGUUUCCUGCUCGUUCCGACCGGGUGAAGAUCAUCAUGCCCAGCCUGCAGAAGAAGGUGGUGUUCUCGGUCGGUGGAGCGCUGAGCUUCGCCGCUGUGCUGCUGGUGGCGGCGGCCAUGGGGACCCGCUGGUGGGUGCAGGCCAGCGUGCUGUGCCAAACCGGCGCCCAGCUGGUGAACGCCACGGGCUCAGAGCUGCACAAAUUCAUGGGCACGGUGAGCUACGGGCUUUUCCACGGUCAGAGGCUGAAACAGUGCGGUCUGGGGGGAAGACCACUCUCCUUCUCAUUUUUUCCUGACCUGGUGGACGUGAUGCCGUCUAGUCUUCAUGUAAGCGUGAUAUUCUUCUGUGCAGUGCUCAUCGUCUUCUCUUCUGUAUGCUGUGCCUUCUUCAUGUUCAAUGCCUUUGGCAAUCCAUAUGAAACCCUGCAUGGACCACUUGGCCUGUACUUGUGGAACAUGAUCAGCUGUCUGUGCAGCUGUAUGGUCUUAAUCCUCUACGCAGCAGAGGUCAAACUGCAUCGUCUGUCUGAGAUCAUCGCUAACUACAAAGAGGGCAACUUUGUCUACAAGACAAGCAGCGAGAAGUUCGACCGCUCCUUCUGGUUCAUAUUCCUUGUCUUCCUUAUUCACUGCCUUAACAUCCUCCUGAUCCGCCUGUCGGGGGUCCAGUUUCCUUUCCAGGGGGCCAAAGAGUCGGACGCCACCACGGGUGCAGCAGAUCUCAUGUACUGACCAGUCCUAUUGUUCACCAGCUCUGCCACCCGGACGCGACACUCUAUCGUGGCUAUUAGCCCUCCUCAAUAGGAGUCUUGCAUCUUGCAGCAUCCGUUGUUGUGGUUUGUUUACCGAUGAAUAGGCGAGGCACAUCUGAGCCUGCUAAGCUGCAUCCUUUCACUUUCAGAAGAGGCACAGGCCGCAGAGAUAGCGUGCUGGCUGGGUCUGUGAGAGAUAAUUUGUAGCUAUCUCUCUGCAGGGAGGCUAGUGGAGGCACCCAGUCUUUCAGCCAGAACUCUGAUUGCGUAUUCUGUUCAUUGCCAACGCAAUUAAGACUGAGGACUUUAAAUGAAUUGUUGAAAUGUAGAAAUGUUUUAGUCAGAUCUGUUUCUCCUGUAAGGAAACUACACUACAUACUAAAAGGGCUUAAAAUGGUUCUUUAAGUGAUGCUACAGAAAAAAAACUCCUUUGGGUACAUAAAGAAACAUGCUUGAAAUAGAGAGAGAGAAUAAAAAGAAUACAUUCUAAGAUCCUUGAAGAACCAUUACUUGAUGUGAAGGUUGUUUGUAAAUUAAUAUUUAAUAUUUUUCUUCAUACCAUGACUUGCCACGGGACAGGAAAUAUUGUGUAUUGUGUCCUAUACAUUUUCCAUGUCCCUACAAAAUGAUGCACUGACCUGUAUGAUAUUUGCAUGGGGUCUUCUGCAUUGAGUUGCUUGUCUGUUUGUUCCAAACCAUUCACAAGAAAACACCUAAAUACUUAUACAGGUGUGGGCAUUUCCAACCCAUCCCCUAAGGUAGCACAUGCUAUUCAGUAUAACUUUCGUCAUGUCUGUACCCAUUUUUAUGUCAGCCACUGUUCUCAAAUAUGGACCUUAAAUCCAGUUUUCAGUAUGUCCUGGAAGUGAAGUGAAAAGUUAAAGGAACCAAUAAUCACGAAGUCAAAAGUCUGUAUUGAUGGUUGAGGUUUGGAGACUGGUGCUCUGUAACAUUCCUCAUAGAACCAUCUAAUAGAAGCAUAUUUAUUUUUCCGAGUGUAUAUUCUUAUUCAUAGUGUGUAUAUAGAUAUUCUGGAACACUAUGUUUAAUUGGAUUUUUUUAACUAUUAAUCUUGGGUAUAUUCUUGUUUAGACACCCAACCACAAAGUGCCAAGGAUCAUGACUGUUAUGAAUAUCAAAUGUACUUCAAAUCAUGAAUGCUGAAUUAAUUUUAAUGACUUUGUACCCAACUGAAUAAGAUAUUUAGUAAUAAACAUUUUAACUAUUUUAAGAAUUAUAUAAUUCUUAGAUGUGAUCAAGUAAAAAAAUGUAAAAUAGUUAAAUAGUUGAUUGAGGCGUAACUGUGGUUUUGUAAAAGAAAAGCAUGGUCACUGUAUUUUGUGUUAGUUUUCUGCAACUGGCCUACCAGAUGCAUCUUCAUGAUGGAUGUAAUUAGAUAUUAAUUGUACUUAGAGAUUUUGUAAUUAGAUGUAAAUGUGUUUUUGAUUUAGUUUAUGUCGUAACUAAUUCCAUCUAUUUCACUCUAUACCAUUUACAACGCACAAGUAAUCACAAGUAAUUUUUGCAAAAUUUAAAAUGGAACUGAAUUUAUGCAUUGUUGGGAUGCACUGUAUGUUAUGGGAAGAGUAAUCUGUGAACAGAUUUGAUGAACAUGUAUUAACUUGAGUAAGUGUUUUGAGAUUUUUAGACAUCUAUUUUAGACAGGUGCCUUACUUUGAAAGCACACGUGACCUAAAUCUGUGAUUUUCAAAUAAAAUUACACCUUUUCUGUA